GUGAGAAAAACUGCACAUUUCCAUCCGAGUCUUUUCACAUGUACUGUAAUUCAACGGUACAUAAGGAUUUCCUGUCAUUAAAACGGAAGCGUAUAGACCGAGCAGUGGAGUCGCUACCGCGGCGAAAGUGCUGCGGCGAAUUAGCGGCCUAGUUUUGCCCAGACCCCGGAAGUAGGAAGCCAAGGGCCCAGCCGCUUGACUCGCGUACACAGGAGGCGCCUUCCCACGUCCGCCGCCUCCGUCUUUCCAGUCCUGGGGAAGUCUUCUGAGUGGUUCAUGGGGCAAGGAGAAGGAGGGCGUCCGCGGGAUUGAAGAGCUGAGGUGGAGGAUGGCGGGUUGUGUCACCCUGGGGAGCGGUUAUGACGUCCAGAUACUGUAUAGGAGAGAAAUGUGGGGAAGUGGGGUCGUCCGGAAGGUUUAAAGACACGUCGCAGGUCGGCUGCUGUCAUUGGAAGGGGAGCUUGGGGUGUUUCGGGCAGAAGUCCAAGCACUGGCAGCUCGAGUAGUUUCUAGCUGCUGCCUUUUGAGUUGUGCCACCAAUCCUGUGCUCUCUUACUUGGAAGCAGAUUAAGCCCCAUUGAACUGAAUGAGAUUGUGGAUGUAUAGGGCUGGAGGUUUUUUUCACCAAACGGCAUGGAGCUUUCUGCCAGUGAACUCAGCAUUUAUGAUAAACUCUCUGAGACCAUUGACUUGGUGAGGCAGACUGGUUAUCAGUGUGGUAUGUCGGAAAAAGCCAUUGAGAAAUUCAUCAGGCAGCUCUUGGAAAAAAAUGAGCCCCAAAGAGGACCCCCACGUUAUCCUCUCUUGAUGUUUCUAUAUAAGGGCCUGGUCACCCUGGGGUUAGUUUUAUUAACUGCAUACUUCAUGAUCCAGCCAUACACCCUUUCACCACCUGAAGCUACACUCUCCAGAACCCAUGCGUGGGGCUCCCUCAUUCGUCACAUCCGACUGCUACCUCUGCCCAUUACCAAGAAGUAUAUGCUGGAGAAGUGUCACAACUGGUGGGGCUUAGACUGUAGACAAAAUGCAUCUCUGGCUGCCAGCUGCUCGUGCUGCUGUUCUAUGAAAUACCUUGAGGCAACAGCUGACAUUGGGCAGCUCUCAGAAGAACACCAGCAAGCACAGCCUCUCGUGAUCAAGACAGGACAAUAUCGGUCUUACGCUGAGAUGAAGCAAUUUCAGUCCCUGUACCCUGAAUUGACAGAUUUUGUGGUAAAAGAGGAUUCAGCUGAGGUCUGGAACAGCCAUCCCAUGCCAGAACUUCCAUUUCAUAAUCUUCGGCAAACCCCUCUGAAUAAAACUCAGAUUCUGAAUGAGAUUUUCCCUGUCUUCUCUUCACUAUUUCCAAAGUCUCUUUCUCUGAAAAGCUGUUUUCUCAUCCACCGCCCAAGGCUUCAGGAUAAGACUUACAGGUUACAGAGUGUCUUUGUGGUAGGAAGUGGCCAGCUUACCUUGAACGUUACCCCUUCUCCAUUGUGCAGAGAACACUGUGAGACUCUGGUAGUGCAAAUGGAAGCUGGUGAUAUUGGUUUUGCGAAUGUGGAUUAUUGGAUGACAACAUUCAACUCCAAAGGAUCAGAACCCAUUGUUGUUUGUGAUGGACCAGCUGGUUAAAAUUUUGAAGAACAAGACCAUUGUACUAUAAGAAGACUCAGGAUCAAAGACAAGGGUACAAAAAAGUACAGAAGAGAGAAGGAUUAUUUAGCCACAGUUUCCAGGGCUGUUUCUCCCCCUGUUCUUUGCAACUUCAGUGAAGGAAGCCAUGCACUUUAAAAAAGCAUUUUCUGGCCUUCUGCAUAAUUUUGACUUCUACUCAAAUAUCUUGGUAUGAACUGGAGUAGUCUCUUCUGUCUUGAUUUGCCGUGGAAAGCCAAACAGGAAUAUUUCAGGAAGAGGGGAAUCUGUAGUGCACUUUCCCUGAGACACACUGUGAUUUUGACACUACGGAGGGAUUUAUCACUCAGUGCUUUUCUCCAGAUAUUCUGGAGAAGUACUAUCAGGAUUUCUGAUUUGUCCGUCUUUGAAUCACUUUGGUCAAAGGAGCAAACUACUGAAAUGUUAUUUGAACCGCAGACACACAUCUGUCCCCCAAAGAAGGGAUUUGCUCAGGUCCUCGUUCUGUAUUGUAGUUUGAAUCCAAGAACUUUAUCCACAGCUGCAUUUCAGUCACAUUUGCAUUUUUAUGAUGGCACUUCUUUAUCAUAUAGGUGGGCAUUCUUUCCAAUGUUUUUUUUAAAAAACACUGCAUCUCGCUACCUGCCAAAACACUAGUGUAAGUUUAUAUAGUCAUUCUUCAUAUGUGUGUGGCUGAGGUGGGGUUCAAAUAUUUGGCAAUUAGAAGCACUCUGCAAGUUUCUUUUUCCAUCUCUCUUCACUAAUGGUGAAAUACAUAUUCUUGCUGCUUCCCUGAUCUGGGUCAGUUGAAUGCCAAAUCCAAGAUUUUUUGAAAGUGACUAAUAAUUUCAUCAAGGAGCCAAAUUUGCUAAAGGGCUGGCUGUUUCUUUCAGAACAUGCUAAGCUAAAUUCUUCUGGAAAUUAGACCUUUUGAGAAGUCUAGGGUGGGUACCUCAAAUUGAUCAUUACUUUUCACUGCAACAUGACCACCUGAUCCUAUGAAACUAUAUUUUGAAAGCUUUUCUUUAUAUAUUUUGCUUGAAAUACCUUCCUGCUUGUGUUUAAAAGAUGGUGAUGGGUGUGAUAGUUUUUAGCUAGGAUUGGAAGAACCACAUUCUUGACGUCGAGGCCCUGCAUGUGUUUGCCCAUUUUCUUUUUUCCUGUAUUUUGAUAGUGUUUCUCACUGUAUUUUGAUAGCAUUUCUCACAUAUUCGUCCAUCUUUAAAUUGUGUGUUCCUUAUACUUGAGCGUCUUCCAAGCCUUCCAUGUUUCCUCUUGCUGCCUGUGGGCUCAGCUGGAUGGCGUCUUUAGAGAGGAUCAGUUACAAGCAUGUGCUAUCAGCAGUUGUUGUGGAGCAUCCCAAGAGUGAAUUUUUAAAGGUCCUGGUAGGUUAAGAUAAUUUGCAGAUGUGCUGGGCUGAAGUCAGAGCCCAGCAAGGCGGGUUGCAGCAUACAUUUUAACAUGUUUGUUUGCUUUGGGGGCUUUUAAAUUUUCAAACAAGUUAACAUGACAGUGUUCCAAAUGAAAAGCAAAAUGUUGUUCAUUUGUAAAUAUAGGUCAAAUUUAAAGAAGAGGUUGGAAGAAUAUCUCUUCAUUAGUUGGAAAAUUAGCUUGGAUUUUUCCUUGAUGGUGACUGUGUCACUAUACUGAACAAAUAGUCAAAAACUGUUCUCUUUCCCGUCUUCCUUUACAACUGUACAUAUUACAUUUAGCACUACUGAUUGAGAAGUGUAACGAGAGACUAGUUUAUGACAGUGAAGUCAAAAGUAUGUAUUGUUUAAAAGUGCAACACUGUGGAAGCUUAGACUUUAAGAAGGUUGGCAAUUAACCUGCCAGUACUUCCCUUGUUGGAUGGCUGACCUUUUUCCUUACUCUUCCUUUUAUGUGUAAAGAAAGAUCUCAAACUUUAUAAACUUCCUUUAGGUAUGCAAAGGGAAAAAAUUUCUUCCUUUAUGUCAGAAUGAAGGUUCUUGUUACAUAGGUAUGCGGUGAUAUCAGGAGUAAUAGUAAAUAUGUGUUGAUCAAUUUUUUUAUUGAUGGUGAAAAUAUUUUAUGUCCCAUCAAGUUGAUUCUGAUUUAUGGUGACCCUAAUAUAGCUGAGAGGUAGUGUUACCACUGACCCUGCCCUCCCUGCCCAUGAGCAUUCCUGUACCUACUUAACCUGGGAAUAUGCCUCCAUAAACUCAAUGGGACCUGCUUCAUAGUAGAGUGUUUCAAGAUUGCUCUGUAAACAGACAAUGAAUGGAUGUCCUAAUUCUGUAUGAAUCAAUAGGAGACUAAAGCUAGACACCACUGUAUCUUGAUUGCUGUUUUUUAAUUUACUUUUACACUUUCAACACUUGACGGUUUUCUAAAUUCUUUCAUAUGAGCUUUUUACUGAGUAUGAAUAUAGAUCUACACAGAGAAUACAACUCAAUCUGACGUGGCAUGCCUCUUCUUGUUUUGUUUUUCAUGCCAGUUUUGCAAAAGAAAUCAAUCCAGAACAGAAUUUCAGAUCACGAAAAUACAAAGAUUCAACAGUACUCAUGUACAAAGCUAUGGAAAGAAGUUCUGGUUCUAUAGUGACAUGGCUGUGUAUUAGAAAAUUGUGUCAAAUGUUGACAGCUCAAUACCAGGGGGCAUUGUAAUCAAUCAUUCUUACAGUCAACCCUCGGGUCUCUAGAGUGCACUGGUUUUUAAAGGCCAGUGAAUACAUGUACUACACAAGCGUUCCUAUAAAAACAAGGUUUUUCUCCCGGCUUCAAAUGCAGAUCAUGGCAUAGUGAGCCCAUUGGACAGGAGAGAAUGAAUCUUUCCCACUUGUGGACUGGUUUUCCACGUGCACUUUUGUAUUGCAUAGGUUUUCAGAUCUGUGUCUCGGAGAAGCUGUGCACAUGUCCAACUCUCAUUCCCAGUGGAGUUUACAUCAUUUGUUUUCAAACUUCCAGUACAUUUUCUCCUUUCUGUUCCACAAGCUGCAAGGAAUUAAAAGCAGAAGUACUUGCUCAACAGAAAUCAGAAGUCCCUGUCAAGUUCUCUCAUUUUCAGCUGAUUGAGAGCAUUUAGCUAAAUUAGAAUUUGCUUCUUGUCUGAUCUGGAAUGCAAACCAAAAUUCUCAAGCAUCUUUUUGAACCUAUCCUCAUCUCCUUCAUCAGUGGCAGAGACCUUUUGUUGUCCCCUGUGGUGGAGGAGCAUGGAAAGGAAACAUUGGAUGUGUUGCUUUGAACUAAAAUUCAGAGUGUGAAACAUUCGAAAAGUAUCAGAGCAAAUGAUUCUUCAGGCAAGCAAGUCUUUUGAAAAAUCCUCAAACCAAAAUGCCAUGAAGUUUGCUUUAUAAUGAAAAUCUAUAAGAGACAUGCAGUGGGAUAUCUAGGAACACAGACAAAUUCUAGUUUUAUUACUAUACGUUUUAUUACUGUAUGUAAUGGCCUAAUGACACACACUAUCAUAGAGCUUCUCAGCAAUAUUUAUAUUGUUUUUAGCAUUGCAUGCUCUUGAUAAGUGCUUUACUGCACAGUGUUUUGGGUUCUCUUGGUGAAAUUAAGCUCUGCUCUCCUGUUUUGGAGAAGGAAGCAGUCUCUUUUGUUGUGCUGCAAUUUUUACAAAGAUUGCCACUGUCCAACUGAGCUCAUAGUGCAUUCCUAAGUCCUGUGAUUGGAAUGCGAAGGAGGGGCUCAUCAUGGUGCCAUGGGGUUGGCACACUGGUUUGUUAACGUUCACAAGCCAAGAUACAAAGUUGGUUUGCCAGUUUCUUAGUAAUGAAAGAUUUUUCCUCAUGAGCAAAUCACUUUGCCUUGGUGAAAUUGAAUUGUUGUGACACAAUGGGAUGAAGAGAUGAAAGCAGGUGGGUGGAUAAGCUUAUUGAUCAUAAGACAUUCAAACAACAACUCUCCCAGCUGCCUAAGCACACCCUUUUCCACAGAUAUUUGGUGUUCUGAUCACCAUGGCAUCCACUUUCCUAAAGGCAACCUUUAGACUUCAAUUAUUAAACCUUCUACAACCUUUCAAGAGCAAGGUGUAGCUUGGUGCCAAGUGUCCUAGCUUUUUAAAACUGCUGCUGUAUGGAUAAGAGCUUACUGCUGCCGAAUGGGAGAAGAUACUGAUGGUCUAUGAUUCAUCUCUCCAGGGGAAUGUCAGAUUUGAAAGGAAAGGGGCAGUCAUGGAAUUUAACAUUUUAAUAGACCUGUUCAUAUUGAUCAGGUUUGGCAGGUUUAGAUCUUCUUCUAAUUGGUAAGCACCAUCAUUGCAUUGUAGACUUUAGGACUUAGUGCCCACACAGACCAAAUCACAGAUGUCAGAAAGCUCAGCUGCUUUUUAUGGAAAGCAUCUACAUCUCAAGUGUUCCACUCUUUUCCUCUCUAAAUUUUAUGUAGGGAAGCGUAUAUUCAGGGAAGCCUGAAAAUGGUGGCUUUUAAAUGAAAACAAUAUAAUUUGCUCUUUUGUCCAAUAAGGGAGAUGCUGGGCUUUCCUGUUGCUUUUGAGACUUGAACAAAUAAAUAUAGAGAUUGCUUUCUUUCUUUUUUUUCUUUUUUUAAAGUUGUUUGCCCAUGCAGGGAAUAUGGGUAAAAUGGCUCAUUGUUAAACAUUAUAAUGGCUCAGGGGUGACAGGGAAAUAGGGUGGUAUGCAUUUGUAUGUGUGUGUGGGUAACCAUAUGCACCAAAUUAUGGACCUUAUGAGAGACUGUAAAUAUGUAAUUCAGAAUUUUAUGGGAAGCUAUAUCAGUAAUAUAUUGCUACUUUUUGUAAAUAUUUAAGAAAUGGUUGUAAAAAUGUAAAUAAGUGAGACUUGUAUGUUUGGAGGUGAGAUCAGUUUUUACUUUUUGCAGUUAAAUAGAGCUGUUGAUGCACUUUCCCCCAUACAGCUUUCCUUCUUUAAUAAAGAGACUAUGUCAUUACCAAA